AUGGCUAAGCCAACUCCCGCAUAUUACCCCGAGGGCUGGGACCGGGAGCGCAUGCUCAACGCGGCCCUGAGCGGGGAAAUCAACAACCUGACUGACGACCAGAGGGGUGUAUUCCGCGAGGGUCUGAGGGCUGAUAUCGGGCAGCAGGGAUUUGACCAGUUUUUUGACGAGAUGUUUAGGCGAGAGGCGGACGCUCCAGGCAACGAAGCGGCGAGGGUGGUCAAAGAACCUCCCUUCAUUGAGACCAUGAGUCGGGACCGGUGGGGUUUCAUGGUCUUCAAGAGCCCCGAGAUUGUCGAUGCCGCGCGGUGGGCGGCUUGUAAGGAGCGGUUCCUGCAGAUCGUUCUUGAUACCCUCAAUCCCUACUGCGGGCACGAAAGGCUUGACGAGUGCAUUUCGAACAUGUCGUUUCAGUGGGUCGAAGACAUCAGGAAGGGAGACGGUGAUAUUCCGUCCAUUGCACGAGCAUACGCCUCCUCCACUCCACCCUCUGGAUUGAAUCAUAGCCUAUGUCUGUACGUUACGCCAUCGUCCCUGGACUCGAUCCUUGACUCCCCACAGCCGUCGACAGCCAAGCGACAAUAUAGGACAAAUAUCCCGUUCGUCAUCGCCAUUUCCACACAGGCAGUUAGACAACACCUUACUGAAGGCGAUGAUACGGAGGGUUUCCACUGGCGUGGCUUUUUCAAUAUCGCUGUGGAGAGUCUAGUCGAGUCCCUUUUCCCCAUCGUUGCAGAGGACUCCAUGACACCUUAUGAGAUCGGCGGACGCGUCUCUGGCGAGGAUAUCUGGUGCGAUUUCACCAGAUGGGGCACGCACAAGGCCGGGCUGGGUUAUUGGGACAUGAGAACGGGACAGGCGGGAGAUGGGUUGUGAUCGUUUUAGCGCCUGGUUCUCUAUGGUCCGCACGCAAGCUACCGAACCCGAUGCCACCCAAGAUAGAACACAACCUGGGCCAUGGUUCCCUACUGCUCGUGGCAUUGUUUUCGGACUUGCCCAGCGCGAAAUGAGGCUGCAGAAGUUAUUUGCAACUACCGGCCGGUACCUGCAGCAUGAUCCCUGUGGGGGAUCCGGAUGAGUUAUUAUCAUCUCCAUUCAUAUAUUAGCCUGAUCCAUCCCACUUCCAGAAACACCAGAGAAAUCAAUGCCGUCAACUGCCGAGCUUCAGCGAGCCGAGAAAUAAGAACUAGGCUCGUUUCCCCUCUCAAUUUUGAGCUAGACGGAUGAUGUGGUAAAUGUCCAACGGAGCUCCGGAUUGCCCCCCUGGUCUUCAAGGUGGAAUUAAUUAUAUGACGAGAUCUCGAAUCCCAAUCUCGGUAUGCAGCUUUAUAGAAGGCUUCUUAUGCAGGGACAUCGAUCGGGC